AUGGGAGGCGAUGGGAUGUAUAGUACGAAGCCGGUCCUCGAGAAAUCUUUGCGCCCCUUUCCGUGUGCCAAGCUCCGUGUCUUCGAGAUUCGGCGGAACUCGAAAAGCCUCUGUGAAUCGUACCUGGUCGCAUACAUGAGACGAGAUGCAAGACGUGCCGAAGACAAUGACAAGGAGAAGGUUCGAUUACAGAAUUAG